CGACGCGAAACGCGUGCGCUGCACGCCAUCGUCGCGAGCCGUCGCAUACUGAGCAGCCAGCAACACCUCCAGGCCCCAUGCGCCACGAAUAACGCUGCCCGGCAUGCGCCUCGGGCUGCUGCUGGCCGCCACAGCGUGGGCCUGGUCCCCCCUGCGCCUACAAGACCAAUACCUCGCCUGCGCGUCCCGGAAACUGCCGAAGUUUGAGGUGUUCACGUCCUUCCGCAGCAUAUCCAAUAAGCAAGGGGACCACUCGUUAUUCGCGCGCGACUUUUAUAACACGUUUUUGAGCUAUUGGCCGCCCGAGCACCGGUUGGUCGUCCUGCACGAGAAUGAUCAGAGGACGGCGCGGCCCGUCCAGCGGCUCGUGCAAUGUUUGCAGAGGGCGACAUGUUUAUCAAAACCGGUGGCCCGGCCCUUCGACCUUUCAGCACUGAUAGCGGAACAUAAAGUAGCCGACACCUCCCACGAGGUCAACGCGAACUUCACGUCGAUCGACGACGUCCAGAUGCAGGCCUGGAAGUACGUCCUGGAUUGGCAUUCCGAGGCUGAGUUACUAGGAGUCUUGGAUGACGAUGCUUGCUUGUUGGAUCAUGUCAUCAGAGGUGAUCUAAUGACCUGCUCUGACAAAAUUAUUGUCAGAGGCGUCCGCUUCGAGCGACGACCCAUAAAGACGAAGCACGAGACGUCGAACAGUUUCCUGGGCAUUUCUUCAGACGUGAAUUUCAUGGUCGACUUUCCCGUCGUCUUCUGGCGAGGACAUUUGGAGGCUUUUAGGAGGCACGUCGUGCGCCACGUGCUGCAGGAGGACUACUCUCCACAAAAUUGGUGGCGCGCCGUCUCCCAACUGCUGAAGAAAGGCUGGCGGCCGAGCGAGUACUCGAAUCUGAUGGGCUUCGCGCUGAUGAGUGAAGAGUGGCGCGCCCGCUACGACUUCCAGGUCGUGCCGAACCAUCAAAGGCCGGUCAUGGGCGUCGCGUCGCACAAGCUCGGGACGUGUAGCAUUCCACAAAAGACGCUGCGGGACCGCGACGCUGACGAUUUUGUCCGAGCGACUUUUGACAAGUGGCUCUAUCCCCGCGAUGCCGCGCCCUACGUCACGGACGCGAAGCCUGGUUUAUUAGCGGAGAACGACUGGAACGGGAGGGUCGAUCAGAGUUGGUCGACCUACGAAAGACGCGUGCGCGACUCGCCUUCGUUUUUACGUUUUUUGACGUUGAGGCAGAAGGCGCUCCUCGCCCACGCGUCGGGGCGCAACGUGUCAUUGAGGGAGGCGUGCGGCAUGGAGAUUCACGCGACGUGGGCGCGGUGCUUCGAGGACGUGCGGACGCCCGUUGGGAAAGUGUGGGGGGGACCUUUGGUGUAUCGGCCGGCGGCGUAAGUUCCCUGUGUUGUCU